UUACUUAAGUCAGGCCAUCCUCGUCUACCCUCUUUGGCAUGUUACCUCUUCGAACCUUCGAAUUUGUAGCUUCUCGUUCUAGCAACCAUUCCCGCUUUAGCAAAUUGUAUUUUGCUGAACCCAUAGAAGCAGCCCAGCAACAAUAAUUUUCACCGAGUAUAAUAAUUUGUGAGUCAUUGAUCAGAGUCUCAGAAAUGAAACUCGUUUCAAUGAAAGCUUCUUCAAGUCCCUCAAGUUUCCCUAUUAUGCCAUAGGAGGAAACAUCGAAAGCCAACAUAUAGGGCUCUCUUUUGUGUCCUUUCGUGUCCUCGUAUACGGUGAAGGGUCAACAAGGCUUGAUCAGCGUUUUGAUUGAGAAUGGUUUUAACUGAUAAAGGCUCUCAGAGGGAAGAAAUUGAGGAGUCUAGUCGUGCUAAAGGGAAGGGUGAGAUCCCUCUGCACGCAUCAACGUCUCAAAGGACACUACUAACCAAUGAGGAAGAUGAGAUUUCACGCUCUGUGACUACUUCAAGUGAUCACCGAUUUCGAGAACACCUCAGUGGGGUUUUUGCUCAGAAAAUCGAUUGGGAUUCACUCAUGGAAAUGAGCAAAGAAUGGAUUAGAAACCCAAUGAACAUGGCUCUGUUUGCGUGGAUCACCUGCAUUGCUGUUUCAGGAGAUCUCAACGACCAGCCAUUGGUGUUGGAGUAUCUAUAUCUGUUGCAGUUGCAGCACCUGCAAUUGCUGGCUUAUACUCUAUUAUGAGUCCCCUUGGAAGGGAUUAUAAAAUUCAUAUGAAAUG